AUGAGAAUCAAUAUCAAUUUCGAUCGUUUACCAAGAAGCGGGUCGUACACAUCACUGGACGUGGUGACAGGGUCGAUCCAGUUGAUUGUCCGGAAAGGACUAACGGUCUCCCAACUGGUUGUCUCGCUAUACGAGGCUGGCAUCACCUCGUCGGAGCCACUGCUACCAGGUGACCACGUGCCUCUGCGUCUUGUGGUCACAGUGCCAGUGAACAUUGCAAAAGAGCUGGAUCUUCGCAUCGGAAACAUUUGUCUGGCUCUUCGGGACACCACAGUAUCUUUGGCGCAUGGCAGAUGUGAGACUGUAUUGUCCUACAUCAAGAUGAUUGACACGAAGACGAAUCUUCGUAUUACGCCGAAUUCAAGAGACAACACUUUUGAGGUGGAUCCAAAAUGGUGGAAAGAUUGUAUCAUUCCUCAGGUCACUCGAAAAUCGUCCUCGAGAGUUGUUGGGCAAGACUACUGGCUGCAAGUUCUGGGCGAAUUUCAUUCGGAAACCACGCUGUUGAGCACGAAACGCCUGGCGCUCAGAAUGCGGAUCCUUACCGCGGCCCGAGACGGACGCAAGUAUUCCAUGGUGAAUGUGGAUUUCGAAUCGGAGAGGCACGAACGUCAAAACUUUCCUGCAAUCCUGUUCCACAGAAUCGUCCGAAAAGCCGUGCCAACAUUGAAGUCCAUGGAUCAGUCCUCUCAAGGCGUCUCCUUGGAAGGAGGAGACCCUUUCAGAGAGAACCCAAAAUCAAUGACCAUUAAGCAUGAGCAGACUCGAAGAGGAUGGCGCAAGGUCGUGGUCAAUUUCACGCCAUCCUGGUUCAGCGUCAAUAUGGGGACGGGGAUAGUCUCAAUUUUGCUACACAACUUGCCUUAUAACGCCGCCUGGCUACGUUGGAUAUCUGUUGCCAUCUUCGUACUCAACGUGUCACUUUUUCUCGGAACAUUCCCUAUGGGUCUCGCCACUAUUAUCAACAUGGUCGUCUUCGUGCUCGUGCCUGCUUGGGGAACGCGCGCUGUAACUCUGGCUUGGGUUUUGUGGUGGAUCGAUGUGGUUCUUGCCGUCUCAACCAAUUUUCUGCUACCUUUUAUUAUCAUUCACAAGCACGACUCCAAAUUAUCGACCAUGACUGCGGUCUGGCUGCUACCCAUCGUGGCCACCAUCGUGGCAUCCGCAUCAGGCGGCAUCGUCGCCAAAGUGUUACCCAAUCCCCAACAUGCGCUUUGGACGUUGACCAUCAGCUACAUCCUCUGGGGGUGCGGAGUACCGCUAGCCAUGUUCACGAUGGUCAUCUACUUUCACAGGCUGACUAUGCACCGCCUCCCGCCUCGCGAAGUCAUUGUGUCCGUCUUCCUGCCCCUUGGUCCGCUUGGGCAGGGUUCCUUUGCCAUUAUGCAGCUAGGGUCCGUCUCAAUGGCACUUUUCGAGAAGAACAACUUCAUUCCACAGACCCCAUUGGCUGGGCAAAUAUUCUACGCUGCUGGUAUAUUGGUUGCUCUUGUCAUGUGGGGGUUUGGCCUUGUGUGGAUGUUCUUCGCAGUCGCGUCUAUCACUCGCAACAAAUUCCCUUUCAAUUUGGGUUGGUGGGGAUUCACAUUCCCAUUAGGUGUCUUUGCCGUUUCGACCAACCAGCUUGGCAAAGAACUUCCCUCUGUAUUUUUCAGUGUGCUUGGGACUAUCUUCUCGCUCACUGUGGUAGCACUAUGGGUCACUGUCAGUCUCGGGACGGUCCGAGCAAGCUUGUCUGGAGACCUUUUCCACGCCCCUUGCAUACAAUGUUGGGAGGAGAAGCAGGCAAAAUCUCACGCCACGAAAGGUUUCGCUGCCGGAAACCCAAGCUUGGAUCGUGACGUACUCGGCACACAAUAA